AUAAGUUAUUGCGCAAGCUAGAAUCAGUUUUCAUUGAUGCGUGUUAAAAACGGCGACCACGGGGUUUUUUAUUUCUAUGGUCGACAAGCUGGUUUUGUAUGUGAUAUAUAUUUAUUUAGCAAGCAAGAUGUGGCGGAGUAGCCCGUUAAUAUGUUGUACUGCUGUCUUUCUUAUGAUAUCUCAGCUUACUGAAUGUUAUCCUCGAACAUUCCAGCAAGGACGGCCUUUAGCAAACCAGCAGCUGUUGAACAGUCAGUUUCAGGCCGCGAUUCCACAAAGUCCGCCUAAAAUAAACGACCCCGUUCCACAACUACGUCAGAAAAUUGUAUCGGUGUAUUGCCAUCAAGAAGCGAUAGAGGUCGUGAUAAACGCAGACCUGUUAGCCUCGGGUCUUCCUGUUUACGGUGAGGAGCUGCGGCUGGGUCCCGAAUCAUUGCCCAGCAAAGUGUCGCCAGCAUCAUGUGGAGCUGUGCAAACUGGACAAUCAGACUUCACCAUAUUUGCUUAUUUCAAAGAAUGUGGAACCAAACUAUCUGUAACUGAGGACUCUCUGGUAUAUUCAAAUGUCCUUGUGUAUUCUCCUCUACCAUCUCCUGAUGGUGUGCUUCACCAGGAUGGUGCAGUCAUACCUGUUCAGUGCCAAUUCCGGAGGUGGUAUAAUGUUGACAGUGUGGUUGUGGCACCCACUUGGAUUCCAUUUGCUGCCACUGUUAGGUCUUUUGAUUAUCUGGACUUUAGUCUCCGGCUGAUGAGUGAUGACUGGCAGUAUGAGAGGGGCUCAAAUGUCUAUUUUCUGGGGGAUGCGAUACACCUUCAAGCCUCCGUUACCUUGGCCAAUCAUUUGCCCCUGGUUCUUUAUAUUGACUGGUGUGUGGCUACACCAACUUCUAACAUGGAGACCAGUGAUGUCAAAUAUUCCUUUGUAGAUUACCGUGGAUGUCUUGCAGACAGCAGGGGUUUGUACUCCCACUCCAAGUUCUUGCAGAGGAGCCAAGGCAACAAAUUAAACCUACUAUUGGAUGCCUUCAGGUUCCACAAGUUGACAAGCAACUUGGUGUACAUCACAUGUUACCUAAAGGCCAUCCCUGCUGCGUAUUCUGGGAGCGCCCAGAAUCGAGCAUGUUCUUUUAUUGAUGGAAGGUGGCAGUCUGUGGAUGGAAAUGAUGAGGUGUGUAACAGCUGUGAGCCAUCCAAACAAGGUGCGGCCGAGCCUGAACCAAUCAAGCCUUUCCGCGUCACAAUAGCCCCUCCUGUCAAGCAGCCAAAUUUGGGCUAUCAGCCUGGGUCUGCGGAUUUCUAUCUCAUAAGACCCGGUGAAUCAUUAGAACCCUUUAGAGCUCUCAUACAGGCAAAGCAAAAUCCCUAUGGCAGUCUGUCAAAGAGAGGAACGGACACAAACAAAGACUGGAAGAUUGCUACCUUGGGUCCUCUGUUUCUGAUUCCGAGGCAAGGAAACGCCACCCAGUCAACUGGAUCUCUGCUGGGCCGAACUGAGGGUGUCUACUCCGCACCUGUUGCUGAGAAGCCAGAGUUCUUAUUCAACUCGAUUGAAAAGAAUCCUGUGAUGGAUGAGCUGGAGUUUAAAACCACUCCAGAGACUGGAAGUUUCAGUCCAUUAGAGGACAGCCUGUUCUCUAAUGAUGAUGCUCUUUUUGAUUCAGAAGGGGGAAGCGGGUUUGAAUAAUGACCCCCCACUUACAAAUGAGUGGAAAAAUGGAAACUAACAAUGUGACCUUUUCUAAAAAUAAAAGUUUUAUUACA